UUGGCUCUUUAGAAGGAACUCCUGAGGAGUCCGGGGUUUCGCUUUCCGCAACCAGCUCUCUUGUGGAAGGUCGAUGUUCUCGGUGUAAACGCGGUGCUGCCCUAAAGUGAGAUCCGUGGGACUCCACUCCUCCCCUGCCAGCCCGGAACCACAAGUUGGAGCACCGCGUUUCCUGAUUGCCUCAUUGGCGACCACUUCCGCCCAGGGGGUCUGGAAUACCCGAGACCCUUUAGUGGCGAAGAACAGGAAAGGCACUUCCGGUACCUGUUGCCAAGGCGCCGGCCCCGUGGGCCUAAAGGAGCGACAUUAUUGGCGUCGUCCUCUCCCCCCUUCCCAGGGGUCGAGAUGUCGGGGCUUAGCUACCCAGAGAGAGAGGGCUGUCGUAACCUGCUUGGCCUACUGGACAACGACGAGAUCAUGGCCCUAUGUGACACUAUCACCAACCGCCUGGUGCAGCCUGAGGACCGCCAAGAUGCUAUUCGUGCAAUAUUAGCAUACAGUCAAAGUGGAGAAGAACUUCUGAGGCGUAAAAAAGUCCACCGAGAUAUCAUAUUUAAAUACUUGGCAUCACAAGGGGUUAUUAUACCUCCAGCUACUGAAAAACACAGUCUUAUUCAGCAUGCAAAGGAUUACUGGAAAAGGCAAUUACAACUGAAAUUGAAGGAAACACCAGAGCCAGUUAAGACCUCUCAGGACAUUAGACUCUUUCAACAGCAGAAGAAAGAAGAUAAAGCUGAAAAAGUUGAUUUUCGUCAAUUAGGAGUACAGUUCUGUCACUGGUUCUUUGAACUUCUUAAUUCUCAGAAUCCUUUUCUGGGACCACCUCAGGAUGAGUGGGGGCCACAGCACUUCUGGCAUGAUGUCAAGCUUAGGUUUUAUUACAACACAUCUGAACAAAAUAUGACAGAGUACCAUGGGGCAGAAAUUGUGAGCCUUCGUCUGCUAUCACUAGUGAAAGAAGAAUAUCUUUUUCUCAGUCCCAACCUAGAUUCCCAUGGACUAAAAUGUGCUUCUUCUCCCCAUGGCCUAGUUAUGGUUGGAGUUGCUGGAACCGUCCACCGAGGGAACACUUGUUUGGGCAUUUUUGAACAAAUAUUUGGACUCAUCCGCUGUCCUUUUGUGGAAAAUACUUGGAAAAUCAAAUUUAUCAACUUGAGAAUUAUUGGAGAGGCUUCCCUUGCUCCUGGAACAUCAAUGAAACCAGCUAUAACAUUUGAAGCAAGUGAUCUAGAGGCCUUUUAUAACACAAUCAGUUUAUGUGGUACCAAAGAAGUAUGACAUAAUGCAAGGCAGGCAUUGGCUGGAUCUGGAGACCAAGCUUUAUGUAGUGGGAAUGAGGCAUUGUUGAACAAGAGAACUGAGUUUAAGUAACCCUCUAAAGCUUUGAGCACUGUAUGUCAGUCUAUACAGAAACUUUCCCAAAUACUACAUAAGUAAUGUCUAAGUGGUUUCAGAUGUGAGGAUUGACAUUUUAGUUGAAAUAUCUUUUUUGACUACAGACUAACAUAUUACAUGAAUAUUUGCCUCUUUCUACCUGAAUUGCAGCAAAUGUUAUUCUAAGGGCUUAAUGCAGUUCAUCAAAUAAAUCUCACUUUAGAUGUUAUAAACAGUGUGCCUUAGAAACCAGGUAAUGUGUUCAUUUUACUGUAAAUAUUCUGCACAUGUGUGCACUUUUCAUAUGGGGAAAGAGGAAUAGUGUUCAAGGUUUCCCCUUGUCAAGGUUUUCGUUUACUUUCACCUAAACCUGGAUAAUUUUGCAAACGUAUCUCGUGCCAGUAUUGUUUUUAAAAAGUGCAUAUUUUAGAGAUAUUUAAACUCAAAGUUCUUAUUUUAGAAAACUUGGAUAACAUUCUUAAUGCAAAAAGUGCAGUAAUUUAGCAGAUGGAGAAAAAUGUACUUUGCCUUUUUAAAAUUUGAGGAACAUUUUCCAGUUAUCUACUGUAGUCCAAGCUGAAUAUCUUAUAAUCUGCAGUAUUUUCUGAACUGUUUUGGGCAACGAUAAGUGCUAUUCUCAAAACAGACUUUAUUCUUAUCUAAGGCUUCAGCUGACAACUUUUAUAGAGCAUUUAUUGUAACACCAUAUAAUGAAACAUUCUGUUCACAUUUUUUUAAAAGUUGUGCCCAGUUCCUGACUCGUAAUUGAAUUACUGUUUUUCCUCUUGAUCUUGGAUGAGGUGAUCAAAAAGGAAAAAGAACACAAAUUUAUAAUGUGAGCAUACAUAUAUACAUACAUAUGCAUAUAGUCCCACAUCAUAAGUUAAAAUUAUCGGGAUUUUUUUCACCUCUAAUUUGUUUUACUAGGUUUGAGUUAUGAAGUAAAGUUACCAAACUAAUUACAUAGUUGCUUUAAAGUUUAAAUUUCUCAUCACCCAGCAGCUACUUGCUGAUCCUGGAUUUAGUUUGUGAUUUUAAUUUCCAAAAAUGCCAUUUGGAAGAAAAUUCAGCUGGGAAAUGUGAUUAUGUAUUGUACAUGUUAACUGUUUGCCUUUAACUGGGCUCGUGAUUGAUCAUCUAGGGUGACUGAGAAAGGAUUUUGGAAACAGGAGGGAAAAAAACUCUUGUUUAAUGCCAGGCAUCUUAUGAGGAGUACAAAUUGAUAUAUCCAAAAAUAAAAAUAAAGGAAGGAAAUCCCUUUUGUCCGCCUAAGAAUAGUGUAUUGUUUAGAUUUAAAGUCACAUUUUCUUAAUUUGGAAGUGUCAUUAUAACAUGUAACCGAUAAAUAUCCUAAGUAAAGGAUGAAUGAAAAACUU